AUGUUCCUCGGGAUAACCGUAAGAUUGUGUAGGAUUCGACGGAUCGUAAAACGGAGUCCCGGAUACUCUGGAAAUGCCAACCCUAGGGUGAGGGUUUCAGUAACCGUCCAAUUGUGCGAUCGUGAGCGGUCUAACCGUCCGUUUCAGACCAAACUUACAGGACGUGUACUCCGACCCAACAUACGCAGCAGGCGGGACCCUCUAAGGGUCAAGCUGUGUGGGACUACUUGGGAUGUUGCUGUGGACCCUGGAUUUGGGGUAGUCUGCCCGCGUAGGACUGGUAUUUCAGGCGUACAAGCUUUGACUGUGUCGGCUGUAUGUGCUGGCUGA